AUGACCAACGUUACUUGUGGACCGGGCCACAGCAUAAGCAUCGGAAGUCUAGGAAAAUACCAAAGCGAAGACCCUGUGGCCGGAGUACUAGUCAAGAACUGCACCCUGACUAACACACAAAAUGGUCUGAGAAUCAAAACAUGGCCUGGCUCCCCUGCAUUUGGCACUGCCACACAUAUUCACUUUCAAGAUAUUGCCAUGGUCAAUGUAGGAAACCCUAUCUUCAUUGACCAACAGUAUUGCCCAUAUAGCCAGUGUGCACAGAAGGCUCCAUCUACAGUCCAGAUCAGCAGCGUCAGCUUCGUCAACAUUAAGGGCACUUCUGCCAUACCAGUUGCUGUACAGCUUAUGUGCAGUAGAAAAUUACCAUGCCAGAAUGUAGGGUUGGAAGAUAUUGAUAUCACUUACAGUGGAGACAAAGGGCCUCUUACCUCUCAAUGUGCUUAUGUGAAGCCUCAGUUUACUCGAGUGGCAAAUCCUCUUUCUUGUGCUACCAAUCCUUUUAGUCGGAGAAGUAGAAGAAAUCGUGCUAAUGUUCUCUCUAGAUAG